UAAGGAGUAAAAAAAAGGCAGCCAACCAAUCCCACUGAAGGGCUGGCACAACACAAAGGGCUGGCGGUUUGUCCGCAGCUUCCGGGUAGGAGAGGACACAAGAAAAUACAACCCCGCCGACAGAUGGUUCUCUCUCCUCUGUGAUCUGGGACUGGUGAAUACUGGUCGUCUCAGACCCUGGGGAUAAGGACUGGACUCCCUCACGGUGCUUGCUGGAAGCUGGUUCGGAGGAAGCUCGCCUGUAGAAGGGCAAUGGCGACGCUGCAGAAGUUUCCCGGGUGCAGAAUGCUAGUCCUGCUGUGCGCCCUUUGGGCCGCCUUGUGGGAGGCCAGAGCUGGACAGAUCCGCUACUCCGUGCCAGAGGAGAUCGACAAAGGCUCGUUCGUGGGCAGCAUCGCCAAGGACCUGGGGCUGGAGCCCCAGUCUCUGGCAGAACGAGGGGUUCGCAUCGUCUCCAGAGGUAGGUCGCAGCUCUUUGCUCUGAACCCGCGAAGCGGCAGCUUGGUCACCGCAGGCAGGAUAGAUAGGGAGGAGCUGUGCGCUCAAAGCACUCCCUGUCUGUUGAACUUUAACCUACUACUGGAAGAUAAACUGACUAUUUACUCCGUAGAGGUGGAGGUAACAGAUGUUAAUGACAAUGCACCUCGCUUUGGAGUAGAGGAGCCGGAACUAAAAAUAAGUGAAACGACUACCCCAGGAUUCAGGAUUCCUCUUAAAAGUGCUCAUGAUGCGGACGUGGGAGAGAACACCCUCCAAAAGUAUGAACUCAACUCAAAUGACCACUUCUCUCUGGACGUACGAACUGGGGCUGAUGGGAACAAGUACCCAGAGCUGGUGCUGGAGCGAGCCUUGGACCGCGAAGAAGAAGCCAUUCACCAUCUGGUUCUAGUAGCCUCGGAUGGGGGCAAUCCGGUGCGGUCUGGCACCUGCCGCAUCCGUGUGAAGGUCCUGGAUGCGAACGACAACGCUCCUGUUUUCACACAGCCCGAGUACCGCGUGAGUGUCCCUGAGAAUAUGCCCGUAGGCACCCGGAUACUUACAGUGACAGCCACUGACCCAGAUGAGGGGUACAAUGCUCAAGUGACUUACUUUCAGGAGCAAGCCCUUGGAGAAAAUGCGGAUGUGUUUGAGCUAAAGCCAACAUCUGGAGAGAUAACAAUCACAAAAGGUCUGGAUUAUGAGAAAGCUAAAUUCCAUGAAAUCGAUAUUGAAGCUCAGGAUGGCCCUGGCCUUCUGACCAGGACUAAAGUCACUGUCACCGUUCUAGAUGUCAAUGACAAUGCCCCAGAAUUUUACAUGACAUCUGCCACUGCUUCUGUACCUGAAGACUCUGCUCCGGGAACGGUAAUUGCACUUUUCAACGUGCACGAUAGGGACUCUGGGCAGAAUGCUAUUGUCACGUGUUCGCUUCCUGAGACGCUGCCUUUCAAGUUAGAAAGGUCAGUGGACAGUUACUACCGACUGGUUACAACCAGAGCCCUCGACAGGGAGCGGUCCUCCUCCCACAACAUCACUCUAAGUGCAAAAGAUGGGGGGAACCCGCCUCUGUCCACAGACGCGUACCUUUUACUGCAGGUGGCAGAUAUCAACGACAACCCACCCUCCUUCCCCCGAGGGUCCUACUCUGCCUACAUUCCUGAAAACAACCCCAGAGGCACCUCCAUCUUUUCAGUGCUGGCCUACGACCCUGACAGUAACGAGAAUGCCCAUGUGACCUACUCUUUAGCUGAAGAGACCUUUCAAGGAGCUCCCCUGUCCUCCUACAUCUCCAUCAACUCUGACACUGGAGUCCUCUAUGCUCUCCGCUCCUUUGACUACGAACAGUUCCAGGACUUGAAACUGUGGGUGAUAGCAGUGGACAGCGGGAACCCUCCACUGAGUAGCAAUGUGUCGUUGAACCUAUUCUUGGUGGACCAGAACGACAACACGCCUGAGAUCCUAUAUCCUGCCCUCCCCACAGAUGGGUCCACCGGUGUGGAACUAGCACCUCGAUCUGCAGACCCUGGGUACCUGGUGACCAAAGUGGUGGCAGUGGACAAAGACUCGGGGCAGAACGCCUGGCUGUCUUACCGUCUGCUCAAGGCCAGCGAGCCAGGGCUCUUCUCAGUGGGACUGCACACAGGUGAGGUGCGCACUGCUAGGGCCCUGCUGGACAGAGAUGCUCUGAGACAGAGCCUGGUGGUGUCUGUGCAGGACCACGGCCACCCUCCUCUCUCAGCCACCGUCACACUCACCAUAGCAAUAGCUGACAACAUCCCUGAGGUCCUGGCUGACCUGGGCAGCAUCAGGACCCCUGCCAACUCUGAUGAUUCAGAACUUACACUCUACCUGGUGGUGGCGGUGGCUGUGGUCUCCUGUGUCUUCUUGGCCUUCGUUAUUGCUCUGCUGGCCCUCAGGCUGAGGCGCUGGCAUAUGUCUCGGUUGCUCCAGGCUUCAAGAGAUGGGUUAGGGGGCAUCCCUGCCUCACACUUUAUGGGAGUGGGUGGGGUACGUGCUUUCCUGCAGACCUCUUCCCAUGAAGUCUCACUCACCGCAGACUCAGGGAAAAGCCACAUUAUCUUCCCUCAACCAAACUAUGCCGAUACUCUCAUCAGCCAGGAGAGCUGUGAAAAAAAUGAUUUUCUUUCAGCACCUCAAUCUCUACUUGAUGAUAAAAGAGAAGAAACCCCUCAGUGUGCAGUGAACGAUUGGGCCUCUGGGUGUCGCUGUUGACCAAAUAAGAAGAAAAGGCGCCGCUGAAGCUGUGUCCACCAUUUCUCUGCUGCAAAGAAACGCCAAGAACAGUCUGAGAAGACAGAGCGGCUACCGGGCUCACCACAUCGUCGGCCAA